AUGGCUCCGAUCCUCAGCUGCCACCCCGGCCCGCUCAACGCCUUUGCCCUCAAGCUCAAGCCAAGCGACACGGUCCACUCGAUCAAGGCCCGUGCCGCUCGCAAACUCGCCAUCCCUCAAGACGGCGCAGACAUCCACUGCAAGUACCUGUGGUGCGACGUCUUCUACGCCCUCGACGACGACGACGACUACGAGGUGUUCACGUCGCGCCACCAGCACUCGCCCGAGGUCACCCUCCUCCUCUCGUCGCCGCACAUCCCGACCCAGAACCCCUCGAUCGCCUCGGUCUCGUCCCUCCCGCCCUCGUCCUCAUUCUCGUCGUCGUCCCUCGGCGCCCGCUCGCGCGGCGAGCCCGACACGUCGAGCAUCUACUCGGGCACGGGCUCGCUCGUGUACGGCCGCGCCGCGCCGCGCGACCUCCAGGGCCAGACGAGCAUGCACCUCGUGCCGCCCUCGCCACUGCAGCCGUCCGGUGGGAGCGGCAGUGUGCGCAGUGGCCGCAGCGCGCGCAGCCGCCGCAGCCAGAGGAGCACGGGCGCCGACACGCUCAAGAGCAAGCGCGGCAAGGUCGACGGCAUCGUCCCCGAGCACAAGGUCAAGUUCGAGGAGUUCCACAACCAGCUCGGCGUCCGGACUUUCAUCGGCUCGAUCGGUCCGGUGCAGAACGUGCGGAUGAUGAUGAAGUCGGGCCACCGCGCGUGCUACAUGUCGCGAGCGUUCGCGCAGGCGCACAACUUUAUCCCGCGCGACGCCGCACCGGGCUUUUACGGGUUCUCGGGCAUCACCAACCUGGGGACGUGGCCGAUCAAGGUCGGCAGCAAGACGGUCGAGCAGCAGGUCAUGCUCGUCGAGAACUCGUACUUCCCCGUCAUCCUCGGCCGCUCGUUCAUGGAGCGACGCGGCGUGCGCACCGACCCCCUCGACCAGACGAGCGUCGUCUUCAUGGACACCAACGAGGUCAUCCCGACCGACCUGGUCGUCGUCAAGGACAAGAACGGCGUCGUCGUGCCCAUCAGUUGA